AUGCAUUCAACGAUUGCACGAUUUCUACUUUGUGGUUACUGGGCUAAUAUUGUAUAUAUCAUUGGUAUGAUAGGAUAUUUAAUCAUCGAUACAAUUAGUUAUAUGUACAUGUCAUUCAAUUCGACGAUUUCAUCUAUUAUUUAUAUGAUACUUGCUAGUGUGUUUGUAAUCGACGCAAUUCUCUAUACAAUGGAUUGGUAUAUGUAUGCUGUAAAAUUACGAAAAUAUCAAGAUCAACCAGUACAAUAUCGAUCUGAAUUUGUAGCAUGUAUUUUUCAAAAUCUUGGUAGUAUUUUCUAUUCAAUUGGUGCUAUAUUAGUUUUUGAAAAAAUUCAAGUGAUAGAAAAAAAAUUUUUAUUUAAUCUAUUUGGUAUUAUUUCGUUUUUAAUGGAGUCUUUUUUGACGUUACUUGGUUGGAUUAUUGUGUUUCGAAGACGACCUGCAAAAACUUCAAAAAAUAGUUGUAAUUUUCAGAAUGCUUAUAUAUGGGCACAUGUAUUGAAUAUUAUUGGCAAUUUAAUUUAUCUAUGCGCAACAAUAUUAGCAUAUUAUAUUUAUAGAACUGAAAAGAUAAUUAACUCUAGCCGUGUACUUUUAUUACAAAUAUUCGGUGAUUUUGUCUAUCUGUUCGAUGCUUAUAUUUAUCAUGAAUGUUGGAAACAAGAUAAACAAGAAUUAUAUACCAUAACCGAAAACCAGAGCUUGAAUAAAUUUUAUUUAGAAAAACCCGAUCAUCAAAAUAAAAGCAAUGAAAAUAAAUAA